AUGGCGCCGGCUCUGCUGGACCUGGCCCACUGGAGCACCUGGGCGGUGUGCGCCGUGAUCAAGCUGCCACAACUGGCGGCGGUGCUGGCGGCCAGGUCGGCGCGGGGGGUCAGCGUGGGCAGCCUGCUGCUGGAGCUAGCCGGCUUCCUUGUGUUUCUGAGGUACCAGAUUUAUUAUGGGUACCCUCUGCAGACAUACCUGGAAUAUCCCAUCAUCAUUGCACAAGACGUCAUUCUCCUUUUGUUUAUUCUGCGUUUCAGUGGAAACAUGAAACGAGCUUUGUUCUAUGCAGUCACAUUCUGGGGGGCCUGGUACAUGUUAACACUGCGGAAGUGGAUAAUAGACCUGGCCAUGAAUUUGUGCACGCUCAUCAGUGCGGCCAGUAAACUGGCUCAGCUGCGGUGUCUCUGGCAGACAAAAGAUUCCGGACAAGUGAGCGCCUUGACCUGGAGUAUGUCUGCGUAUACCUGCGCAACAAGAAUAGUUACAACCGUAAUGACUACGAAUGAUCUCGCAGGACAAGAGCAAAAACUCAACUAUGAAUUCUUCUUUUUCAACCUGAGCUCUCAUUCACUGCACAUACUGUUUUGGGAACAGCAGAGACUAGAACACGUAGAAAUUAAUGAAACUUUGACCAACACUGUUAAAAACCAUGUUCAAGCAGAAGUUCCUGAAGCGACACCCAGACUCCCCAAAUGCAAUCCAUCCCAACAGCGGCCCAUCUGCACGUGCACCUCGACGCAUCAAAGCCGACUCCUCUCCAACGGUCAUCGGGUUUUGAUGCUGCUGCUCAGUCCUUUGUUAGCGCUCAGCCUGUCUGUGCUAAGGGUGCCGAAGAACGUAAAGGCUUCGGCUUUUACUUUGCAGAUUCUAAGUGAUUUGUAGUAGGUAUAGUGAAAAAAGAGAAAAGGAUAUUCUUGAGAACUAUUAGCAGGGGAUUUUGCUUUGGGAAGUAAUGCCUUUGCAGCCAAAAGGUACAGCAGCAAUCGGACGGCUGGCCUCCGUUCCUCAUUACGUUUUCCGAAAUGACAAGGCGCGCCUUUUUGAAAGAGCACUUGCAGUGCUGUCAUUGAUUGAUUGGCAUGUUAAAACCAAGGCACCACGGUCCUGGCACCCUUGGAGGCUGUGGGAAGACUGCACUGACUGCAUUUGUGGCAGGUUUUCCUUGCAACCUGCAAAAUCAUUGGACUGUUGUGGAAGAGCGGGAUCUGCAAAAGCAGAUGUUUCCGUCAGCACCCACUCGGCAGUCAGGCCAUGACCCUCACUGUCAGAAAACGUGGCUGCUUUGCAAGCUCUGCUUUUAGAGGAGGAAGGGGUGGGUGGAGGUAUGUCUGCAGGCAUACAAUUUCAGGUAUCUCAUUAUUGAGAGCAAGUUCAAAGAUGAGGAUUUUUUUACUGCUCCAACAAAAUGUAUAAAUGCUUCUAUGUUGGUUGAGAGUGUGACUGUAACCAUCCUGGUACAGAUUCCACUAAGCUGUGUAAGCUACCUGAGGUGGUCCCACUAGUGGCAGGUGGCAUGCAAUACAUUCUCCAGGUUGUAUUAAUAAAUGCUAUUCUUCGCAAUCAA